UAUUUAAAAAUGGCGUUAUUUUUCAACAAUCAGAAUUACUUUGCCGUGCUUUUGCCAUUUUCGCAUUUUGCGGACGUUAUAAAAGUGUCACGUUAUUAAAUGAUUCGUAAAAAAAAAAUCCGAACGGAAUUUAAUAACUUAUAGGCAGUCAAAUUAUAUUCAUUGAAAAGAAGAUUAAAUUCUCAAGUAUUUCGGGGGAGGAAGAAAAAUUAUUGUGAUAAAGUGUUAGUACUAGAGAGGUCUUAUUUCGUUUUUUUUUUUUUUUUUUUUUUGAUAAAAACAAAAGACGUUCUUUAGACUUUUAUGAAUGGUUUCAGCAUUGUUUAUAAGUUGUCAAGGAGCGGGAGUCACUCUAUUUUGGGAACCAUGAGGUGCUACGUGCAAACAUAAGAGGUCAAAUAUCGAAGGUCAACAUUCAGGAACGUACACGAGUUACUGGGGUUAAAAAGUGUAGUUCAGGAAAUUGUUCUACUUGUAAAAUUCGAAAUAUUGGGGAAAUAUCUACGAAACAAAGGUGGUAAUUUUGAUUUAGUGGAAAUUAGACAUAAAAUUAGUGAGAAAUGAGCAAAUUUUUUUGUUUAUUUUUGUAGUUUGUUUUUUUUUCUUCUUUUUUCAAAGAGAACGUGUUCUCUCGCCUUAAAGUUCAAUGGAAGCGCUUGCGCAGAUGUCGCACACCAGGAGAGGCGCACAGUGAGGAAUGACGCCAUGUUUUGAUGUCGUCAUCCCCCCCCAAAAGUGUUCAACUUGUUCCGCAGUUUUCUGUUGUGCACCCGUGAUUCUCUCUUCUUGCGGGGUAGUGGGUUUUUGGCAAGCCCUCCCCAGCCCGAAAAGCACAAGUGUUAAUCGUGUUUCACCGAGGUUAUUACCUAAAAACGUCCGUGAAGGACGACAAUUCACAAGCGUUUGGAUGUGCGGGAAAGUGGCUCGGGCUAAGAGAGCGGGGGGGGGUUCCGCGAGCGUCGUCUACGUGGUGAUAGUGUCCUAGUGCAACCAAACGCCAACAACGGGAUUCUGGGUGAUUACGUCACGUGCCAAGGCUUCUUUUAAGUUGAUUUUUUAAAUUUUAACACUGGAAGAGUCAAAGCAUGGAAUUACGACUACAUUCCCCGGCCGGAGCGGAGCCUAUCGUUUAUCAGUGGCCCCUCACCUCGGGUUCAGGAUCCGAUCGUCACGAUGGUGCUUUGGACGUGGUCGAGACAAUGCGAUGGGUCUGCGAAGACUUACCCGACUUAAAACUGCCGUUAGAAAAUAAUAUUCUUUGCAACUAUGACACUCGCGAUUUUGAGAGUAUGAAAGGCUUGUGUGAUAGAUUUAACAGAGCUAUCGACAGUUUAGUUCAAUUGGAAAAAGGUACGAGUUUACCUUCACAGCGGUUAAAUAAGAGGCCCAGUAGGAGUCUUCUUCGUCAUAUUCUUCAGCAAACGUACAAUCAAGCUGUCGUCGAACCAGACAAAUUAAAUAAUUACGAGCCAUUUUCACCCGAAGUUUAUGGAGAGACAAGUUAUGAGCUCGUUUGCCAAAUGAUUGAUCAGAUCGACGUCACCGAAGAUGAUGUUUUCGUUGAUCUUGGGUCUGGUGUUGGGCAGGUUGUCCUUCAAAUGGCUGCGGCUACCUUCUGUAAAAUUUGCAUCGGCGUCGAGAGGGCAGACGUGCCUUCGAAAUACGCUCAGAGUAUGGAAAUGAAUUUCCGAAAAUGGCUCAAUUGGUACGGCAAACGCUGCGGAGAAUAUCGUUUGGUGAAAGGUGACUUUUUAGCUGACGAGCAUCGAGAGAGUAUUACGGGAGCCACAAUCGUAUUUGUAAAUAAUUUUGCAUUCGGCCCAAAUGUUGAUCAUCAAUUAAAAGAAAGAUUCGCCGAUUUGCGUGAUGGUGCGCGAAUUGUUUCUUCGAAAUCCUUCUGUCCGUUGAAUUUUAGGAUAACCGACAGAAAUCUCAGCGACAUUGGGACGAUAAUGCACGUUUCUGAGAUGUCACCAUUAAAGGGAUCAGUUUCCUGGACUGGUAAACCUGUGUCUUAUUAUCUACACGUGAUUGAUCGAACAAAACUCGAGCGCUAUUUUCAUCGUUUAAAGAAUAAACAGGGAGCGCCUGACAUUGAAAAUAAUGAUUCUGUGAUAAGUAACACUGCCAGCCAUAGUAAUAGGAUGUCGAGUAGAAAUGAACGUGGUGAACGUGCCAAGAGAGAUCUCUCGAGGCAAUUGGAUAGUCCCAAUAAUUCCGAACAGCAUGGCACUAAUAGCGAUUCGGAUAUGGAUGAGCCAACAAUGAAAACACGUCGUCAACCAAACAAAAUGCGUAGAAAAUUAAAUCGUAAAGCGAGCAAUGGAAUAACACGACAACCAGCGCGUGGUGGACGACAAAGAGGUCGUGGUGUGAAGAAAACAAAACCGAAGAAAGCAAUUAAUAUUUCUGGACUUGAUCUUCUUCAUAGUCAAACGCUUCUCAGUACAUCGCCACAAGCACUCGGGAAAAAACCACCACCAGCUCCCGGUUGCGUUGAUCAACAAUUGUCAUCACUCUCACUAUCACUUCAACAGAAUACGAAUAAUGUUCAUGAGGAACUCAGUAUUCCCGCCGCACCGGCCGCGACUCCUUACGCCCUACAAAUUCUCCUCGAUCUCUACAGGGACCAAUUCAUGGAGAUGUUGGAUUCAAUGAAAACGCCAACGUAUCGAGCAUCGGUGAACGCCGACAUUGCCAAGGAACGUGAACGCAAUUCAAAACUUCAAUCGCGAGCUGCUCAACUCGAGAAGCAAAUUAAAGUUCUAAUUGACGACAGUGUUGCACUAUUGAAAGCGCGUAUGACAGAAUUGGGAAUAAAUGCUACAUCACCCGGUGAUUUACUCGCAAAGGCCAAAGAAAUUGUCCUUCGACACAAACAAUUGCAAAAUAAAGCCAGUAAACUUCAGGCCCAAGUGUCGAAUAUUGAAACCGAACAGGCAAAAGUAACAGCACAACGUUAUCAAGAAUUGCAAGAAAAGUUCAAUCCAGGCUCUAAUAAUCUUCCCACACCACCACAACCUCUCACCCAGGACUAUAUACUUAAAGAAAUUUGUACCACCAUGUCCCAAAGAAAGAGACUCCACUCUCAGGUUUCAAAAUUGGAACAGGAAUUAAAUGUACUAGAGAGAACAAAUUCGGAGAAACAAUCGGCAACGUUAGCACAACAACAGAGAGAUGCAUCUAACGUGAAGCAUUUAUCGAGUCACCAUCAUCAUCAUCACCAUCAUAAUCACAAUCAUCAUCAACAACAGCAGCAGCAGCAACAGCACCAACAACAACAGCAGCAACAACAACAGCAGCAACAGCAACAACAACAGCAAUUACAACAACAAAACAGUAAAAAUCCUCCAUCGCGAAAAAGUCGCGAGAGCCGUUCGCGAUCUCAAGAUUGGCCUGAUGUGCCCGACAUUGGAAAAAUUCAGGAAAAUAAUCCUGAAAUUUUGGCACAAAAAAUUCUUGAAACUGGACGACAGAUAGAAGCUGGUAGAAUUCCGAGUAAAUCGAGUGUUAAUCCUGUUAUUAAUAAUAAUAUUAAUAGUAAUAAUAAUAUAAAUAACAGUAGUAGUGGUAGUGGUAGUAAUAAUAAUAAUAACAGUAAUACUAAUAACAGCAAUAAUACACGAACAAGAUUACCUCAAGCUACUUUGAGUUUUUCAUCACCUUCGACGCAAAUCCAAUCGCAAAUCUGUAAAGAAUCGACGAGUCGAAUUCAAGAACCGCCUAGAGUCGCAAAUUUUGAGGAUCGACUCAAGAGCAUUAUCACCAGUGUUUUAAAUGAGGAUCAACAAAAUCGCAAUAAACAACAACAACAAAUUCAAAUGCAACAAAUGCAGCAAAAUGAGCCCGACAGGAAACGUAUGGCUCUACCUGCAAAUGUUACUGCUCCAGAUUACACUCAGGUCUCACCGGCGAAAUUGGCGCUUCGUCGUCAUUUAUCACAGGAACGUUUAACGUCACAUUUGCCAUCGACGGAUAGGCAGACACUUGAUGGGCGACAAUCGAAUCAUGAGAAUCGAAUAAUGUCGGGAGCGAGUGGAUUAUUGGGAACAAGAACAAUUGGCGAUUUGGUUAGUGGUGAAAUUGAAAGAACUUUGGAAAUAUCAAAUCAGGCGAUUAUUAAUGCUGCGGUUGAUAUGAGCGUUCUUAUGAGACCAGAGACUGUUUAUUCGCCAAUAAGUCGACCGGCUAGCGCAGAAGGUGACACUGGACUGGCUACUUUGGCGCAUGUUGCAAGUUAUGCGCCAACAUCGACAUCAGUGUCAACGCCAACACCAACAACUUCACGAUCUUCCGUUUUGUUUACCCCCUCUAGUCAACCGCAGAGGUACACACCGGUACAACUUCCACGAGCUGAUAUGAAGCCUUAUCAUGAAUCGUACUUUUCGGACAAUCCAACGCCACCGCUCACGCAAUCUCACACGAGUUCGUCUCAUCAUUCGAAUCAAGCAUCAUCAAAUCGAGAUGGUUUGCCUGUUGAGGGACUCGCCGCGUCCUUACACGCGAGAAUCAUUAACAAUCAAAAUAGUAAUAUAAAAAGUGAUCAGAGUACCGCGAAUAAUAGUCGAAGGUAUCAUCCGUAUUCAAGUUACUCGAACAAUAGCAAUUGCAAUAAUGUACCAACGACUUCCCAGUCGCAGUCGUCGUCGACGGUUCUGAAGACGGAGUCGGCAGUUUCUUCCGUUAGCACGAGCGGUGCCCCUUUGAGUCCACUUGUUGAACCUCAUUCAAAUACCUCGACACCUCUCGUUGAUGAGCCGCACAUGACCCAACGACAACGGAAUGGAACAGAUGGAGAGACGGAUUGGCAGGACAGAAUAAGUUCCGGAUUCGAUCGUUUGGUUGCAUUUGCCUCGACGGAAUUGGAUAAAAGGAGAAGAUCAACCGAGGGUGUUAAUACAAGUCCCGAUAGUGGAUUGGGUUCGGAUAGUGUUGUUUUGGGACCGCCUCCAGUUGUACCAUCGCCCGACGAGGCUCUCGGUCCACCACGAACACCAUCCCCUCACAGUCCCCAUCGUCUUAAUGCAGUGAAUGGCGCAACAUUAAAUGGACCCUCAGUACCAUUGAAAUAUCAACGACAACAACUCGAUCCCGAGAGACAUCAUUUUAAAAAGAAAUUCUUUCAUCGCGACUGGCAUAAUUCUGCAAGUAGCAGCAGCAGUAGCGGCAGUAACAGCAGUAAUAAUAAUAACAACAAUAAUAAUAAUGCAAGUAAAUUUCGUCCCAAGGGCAAGGAUUGGGAUUGGAAUCACACGGGUCAAUGGCCUCCGAAUGAUGAACAACUAUAACCAAUAAAUCGACCACAGGAAAAGUGAAUCGGAUUUUUUAGAUGAAUUUCUGAUUUAGUCUUGAAAAUUUUCAUUUUUUUUUUAUUAAUGACUCAAAUUUGUCAUCUUAUUUCUUUUAAAUGUUACUUCCUUUUUUGGGACUAUUUUUAUUAAUUUAGAAUUCGAUUAAAUGAUUAAUUAGGUUUAAUUUAAACUAAAAACUAAAAUAUUCAAUUUUUUUAUAUAUAUUAUUAAGUUUAUUUAUUGAAAUCGAUUGUUGAUGUUGAAUUUAGUUUUUUUUGGCAGGUACUUACUGCAUUCGUUUAUUUCUUUUUAGAGAGAGAGAGGAAGAAAGGAGUUUUUAUUAGUUAUAGAAGUUUCUUUUUCAUGUUUAAUAUCGCGAAUGCAUUUUUUUACUUGUUUUUUUAUUAGUCUCGGGUUAUUUUUAAUUCGAUUAAGAAUUUUUUUUUAAUUGACUUUUUUUAAAUACUGUUGAACAUUUUUUUUUGAAGGGUUGAGAAUUUUGCUUCCCUUUUUUUCUUUAUUGAGAGAUUCUCUCUGUGUAUAUAUUUUUUCUUGCACGUGAAAUAUAUUAAUAUAUUGCUUAUCGUUGAUAUUGAAAUGAAUAGAUUGGAAAUUUACAUCAAAUGUUUAAUUUCCGUUUAUUUAGAAUCGAAGGAAUAUUGUAAGAAAUUGAUAAUCUGUUUUAAUAAAAAUAAAAUUACUUGUGAAAGUGAGAAACAUUUAUAAAUAAGAUGACAAAAUGCCUCGUUAAGAAUUUUAGUUUUACUCUUUUUUUCUAUUUAUUUAUAUUAUUUUUUUUUCUAUUUAGCUGAAUAUAUUCUAUUUAGUUGAAUUUAUUUUAUUUAGUUGAAUAUAUUCUAUUUAGCUGAAUAUAUUCUUCUAUUUAGAAUUAUUUCUAAAUGAUUUAUUUUCGAUAGUGAAAUAUUUGAGUUCUUUUUUCGAAUCCUAGUCGAGUUUAUUUUUUAUUUCAUGAAAAAAAAAGAGUUUAAUUAACGUCGUGCUUAAAUCUAUCCUCUUGUAUACUUGUAUUAUAUUAUUGAUAGUGUUCUUUGAUUUAAGCACGAUUUUAGAUUAAAUUUACAAAAAAAAAAAGUGAAACUGUAUCUUGACGUGCACCGUAUAGUUCAAAUUUCUUGAAUUUUUCUAAUGCAAAAACCACUUUUUUAUCCAACACACAAACACGUAGUGAACAUUUUCUUUAAAGGCACUGAAAAAUAGGAAAAUUAUUUUUGUUAUAAAUGACAGUAGAAUUAUUGCCAUAAUAAAGAAAUUUACUUUUAGUUUUUUAACGGUUCAGAUACGGAUUCUAAAAAAAAAAUUCCCUUAUGAAAACAA